AUGUUCGGUAGGAAGAAGGAGAAGGAGAAGGAGAAGCAGACCGCGCCUGCAGUCUCGUGGGAGCAGCAGCUGGCCGCAAGCGGUCUAAUGGGUCUCCUGAGCGGUGGCCAGGCUCAACAGGCCAGCUUCCUCGUGACUGGCGAGAGUGUAGACGUCCACGUGGCUCCUCCGCCCCAGGCGACCGAGAAGGUGAGUGCCGUCGAGAAAGGCGAGGGCAAGAAGCUCAAGUCGACCAUCCAGGGCUUCAACCGCCAAGCAAUCAGCAGACCAGCUGCGGCCCAAGCGCCAACCGGACAGACCGCCGCUGCAGCGGAGGAGAAGCAGCCGCUCUCAGGAGGCCUCCUGGGGGCGCCGGCGCCGGAUUCAAAGGGGCUCGAGCGUAUGAAGAGCCGCGAGGACCUCCUCGCUGAGAAGGAGCGCGCCGCCAAGCUGGAGCGCGAGCGCGCGCUGCGCGAGAGGAUGCAACGCAAGGAGGAGCUAUGA